AUGUCACAACAGACAACAGACAGGAACAUAGUGAAUGAUGUCACAACAGACAACGCCAGGAACAUGGUGAAUGAUGUCACAACAGACAACACCAGGAACAUAGUGAAUGAUGUCACAACAGACAGGAACAUAGUGAAUGAUGUCACAACGGACAGGAACAUAGUGAAUGAUGUCACAACAGACAAUGCCAGAAACAUAGUGAAUGAUGUCACAACAGACAAUGCCAGGAACAUAGUGAAUGAUGUAACAACAGACAAUGCCAGGAACAUAGUGAAUGAUGUCACAACAGACAAUGCCAGGAACAUAGUGAAUGAUGUCACAACAGACACGAACAUAGUGAAUAAUGUCACAACAGACAACGCCAGGAACAUGGUGAAUGAUGUUACAGAAUGUCACGCCCUGACUCAGAGGACGCUUAUAUGUUGAGUCAGGGUGUUUAUAUUCCUAUGUUGUAUUUUCUAUGUUUAGAUCUAGUAUGUCUAGAUCUAUGUUGGCCGGUGUGGUUCACAAUCAGAGGCAGCUGUCGCUCGUUGUCUCUGAUUGGGGACCAUACUUAGGCAGCCUAUUGGCACUAGUGGGUUGUGGGAUCUUGUUCCGUGUGAGGUAUGUUGUUUGUGUACCUUGGACUUCACGUUUCGUUUAGUUUGUUGUUGUUUAUUCGGUUCAAAUAAACAUGUAUGCAUAUCACGCUGCGCCUUGGUCUGACCCGUCUGUGAACGAACGUGACACAGAAACUGGACUUUUUAAUUUUUAAAAACCGUUACACCCCUAUUAAAUACUAUCCACUCUAAACUUCCUCGGUCAAACAGAUCGAAAAUAAGUCUGGGGGAAUUAACAACGUUCAACAGUUUGGGAUGGAAUGUGAACACAAACUGUAUCAGUCGUGAUAUUAUAUUGGAAUGGAAGUCUGCUUAUUCAAGGAAACCUCAACUAUGCCCAAGUCCUUAUUGGAGAGAAGAGAUAUUAUUAAAGUGGCUGAAAGACUGCAGCUUUCUGAAAUUCUUGUUGUGAAGAACAACACAAUACGUACAGUCCAGCCCAUUCCUGCCCAGUUGGUACCAAUCAAAAAUAGCUUGUUCAUUCGAGCUACCCGCUCUUGCCCCAUCCCUUGCUGGUGCGUAGGCCAGUGUUAUUUGGUUUGGGUAGAUCAUGGCUGUUGUAGUGUAUGGCUGAAGGGGGCAUGAGGCUCCCUUCAUGUAAAUGUCACGUUGUUUCAGAGGCCUUCCUGUGUGUUUAACCAGCUGUACUGCUGCCUCUCUGACCAAAGAGUACUCCGGCUCUAUGACCAAAUGGUACACCGGCUUCAAUUGCUGCCCUCUUUGGCAGCUUGCCUCCAAAAUGUCCCCCAGCGGUUUCAGGCCUUUUCGACAGCGAGCGUGAAAGCUUCCAGCCUGUCAGGGGAGGAGAGAGUGAACGAUGACUGA